AUGUUACAAGACCAAACGCAAAAACAGCCGCACCCUCGACAGUUGUCCAAAAACCCAUCGCUGACGCUUGUCACAGGGCAAUCUCAAGCGCACGGACCGCCCCCGCCGGUUUUUGCUCCCCCAUACGCGUCCUACACCCACCAACUCCCCAAUGGCGCCCAAAUCAUCAACGUUCCGAUGACUCAGCAGGUGCCCAUGUCGCCCACCACGCCCUUCGACGUGAACUACGCAAAGGGAAUGCUACCGAGACAGCUUUUAGUGAGCUCUCCGUUUAUCCAGUCGCCCAUGGCCCACAGUCAGGCACCUCCUCAGUCAGCGUAUGGGGAACGUGGACCCGCAAGAAAUCCCCAGUCCAGCACCCCUGCUGAAAACAACGCGCACCACCAAACUCCCCACAGAACAGGGUUUCGCCGAACCUCAUUUUCGAAGCAGCUCAAGUCCAAGCUGACACAGGUCGCGAGAGCUCCAAAAACAACAGAGUCAUCGGAAUCGUCUGAACAGGAACACGACGAGUUCGAAACGCGCUCGCUGAGGUUUAUUAACCUAAGGCCGGACAUCGGGCUCAGCGAUUUUCUGGAUCUCAUUGAGUACGGCCCCAUAGAAAAUUGCUCUUUCGAGCUGACGCCUCACUCCAACAACAACAAAGCAAUCAUCCUCUCGUUUGUGAAAAAUGAAACCGCAUUCAAGUGCUACUCCAAGCUCAGAACCAUACUGGACGAGCUCCGCAGUGUGCUGGAGUCUCCUGAAAUGGAGCUGCUUCCAGCGAAAAACGUGCCCUUGCUGCCUGUGGUCCAAUGGGCCAUAGAGAACGACGGCGCGACCAGGGCAGUGUGUCUGAGCAACAUCCCUUCGGGGCUUCCAUUGAGGCUAGUUUGUCAAGAGCUCGAAGUGAUGGGCCCUAUAGAGCACAUCAAGUACAUUCCGAACAAAAACGCGGCUUUCGUUCACUUCACAUCAAUCUCCACGGCAAUCAAGUGCGUUGAACAGCUAUCCUUGAGCGAAUCCAUCCUCUCCACAGCCAAGGUUUUCUAUAGUAAAGAAAAGAAUGCCACCGCUCCCCAAUCCAACGGAACAGCCAAUAUUGAGUACGACUGUGAGGACAAUCAAUACUCCGAUUUUUACUCCACUCCCUCGACGUCGUUCUCGUCUCCCCAGAAUGCCAGUGCCGCACUCCACAAGCCUUCUAGUCGCCAGGCUACUGAAAACACGGUUUAUGGCGCUCACUACGUACAGUCGAUGCCCACGCCCGUUCUCCGUUCAUCAUACCCGCCACAAGGAGACUUCGUCGACUCAUACAACGGCAUGGUGUAUUCUCAACAGUCGCUGCCGGAUCUGACUGAUCUGACGCUUUACAGCAACGGCUCUGUCACUAAUUUUUCGCUUCCUGCCGGCGACUCUGCUGAAGCUUCGUCGAUACAAUCCAACACACACUUCAGACAAUCCAACUUCGGAAACCGAACUAUUUAUCUCGGCAAUAUUCACCCAAAAACUACUGCAGAGGAGAUAUGCAACACCGUCAGAGGAGGCCUACUGGAAUCUAUAAAGUUGAUACCCGACAGACAUAUCUGCUUUCUAACCUUUAUAGACUCCGGCUGUGCCGCGCAAUUCUUUGCUACCGGCACGAAAGAGAAAGUGAUGAUUCACGGCAGAAGGGUCAAGGUAGAUUGGGGAAAACACCCGGGGCCCGUGAGUUCGCGUGUGCUGGAAGCCAUCGAAAAGCAUUCAGCUUCAAGAAAUCUUUACAUUGGGACAGAACCUGUUUCUGAAGAAACACAGGAAGAAGACCGCCCGAAAAUACCCGACAUGGACACUCUUCGACGCGAUUUCUCGAUAUUUGGAGAGAUCGAGCAGAUCAACUUCUUCAGGGAUGGACAAUGUGCAUUUGUGAACUUCCUCAACAUCGUCUCCUCGAUUAAUGCUGUUGAGGAUUUCAACGGUGAAGGGCGCGAUGCUGUACACGCAUGUUUUGAAAACAGAUACAAACCUUUCAAAAUUGCUUACGGGAAGGAUCGAUGUGCCAAUCCUCCAAAGUCUAAGAAAAACAGGAAUAGGAAUAGGAAGAAGGACCGCAAUGACUCUAGAGAGAGUUUCAGAGAAUCAUCUGAAGAGGUAUCCGCUACAGAUGAUGAAACAUUACGCAAAGUUCCUGCAUUGAAAAGUAUAGGCAUAUCCUCCAAGAUGUAUGAGGAAAAACAUGCCAUUGUAUCUCCUGUGAUUGAAGAGACUCUUAACGAAGCUGGCGAGACUAUGGAUGACUCGAGUUCUCAUUCCAAUGAUUCGAAUGUUGAAAUCAUUACCAGCAAGGCUGAAGCGCUAAAGCUCUCGGAGGAAACGCUCAAACUCAACAACUCGCUGCCGGAAUGCGCCAUUUCCAACUCCUCAUCUGAAAGCAUUCCAAAAGCCGCCCCAAAGUCCUCGCGGAAGUCCAACUCAUCCGCAAACAGAUAUCGUGUUCACAACAACUUUUCCAGGUCGUCGUCCAAUAAUUCAAUCAAUUACUUCAACCACUCAGACCACUAUCCUCCACAACCGCCAGUCCAAUACCACCCCUUCUACCAGCAACCAUCGCCAAUGUAUCAACAGCAGUACGCCUUUUCGUACCCGCGACCUCCCAGUGCAGGUCCAGCAAGACAUAACUCCUCCAGCUCCCGCAAAACGUUGUAUCACGAGCCUACUUCACCCGCUGCACAGCAAUUUGUGUAUUUGCAGCAGCCGGCCAGGUCGCAACAACAAGUAUACUAUAACUACCCGGAGUACUAUAGUUAUCAUCCUCAAGCGAGCUUCUAUAUGGAAGGCCGCGACGAUGACUCGGAGCUGGGUCCACGGGACGAGUCUUACAACGAGGAAUCCGCUCAGUAUUAA